AUGCUGAUGAAGUAUCUAGUUGACUCACUUCAAAGCUACGAAAGUGGACAUAGCAAUGCUCUAUACCCCAUCCCAAAGGAAGCAGACAAGACCUUUAUGGGGGACCAUGUUCUCGAAAAGCCCGUAACCACUGCCGAGUUUCAUGUCUUUGCAGAUGCUGUCCUAAGCCGGCUGUCCCAAAGUCAACCAGCAUGUAUCUGCCAAGCGCAUGCUCAAGUGUUGCCAUCAUCCUUUGUGAACCCAUCACCUACUCGUAUAGUUAGUGAGAUGCCAGAAAAUACUCUGCCCCAGAUGCCUCUGCCAAUUUCAUCUAACUCGAACAUCGUGACAUCAGUUGUAUCGCCAAUGAGUCCUGAAGGGUCUGCUAGUUCAACAGGUUUAUCACGUUGUGGCCAAGCCCCACCCAUCCCUGGCAUUGUGAUUCUGGAUAUUGGAAAAGGUCCAGGAGCAUGGAAGAAAGCUGUAAAGCAAUGGGAGGAGGGUGACCCCACACAAGGACUGCUACCUCUGUGA